AGAAAAGGAAUCCCAUUUUGCAGUCUAGUCCGAGCCGAAAAUGUCCCACAACUAUUCAAAAAACAACCAGAAUGGCAAUGAUCCUGCCUCUGCUUCUGCCUCUGCCUCUGUUGCUGUUGUUGUACGCGUACGUCCAAUGGCCAAAACGGAGUUGAAGCGUGGGUGCAGCGUUGCGGUAGAGCGAGCAACGGACGGGUCGCCCCAGAUCUCGGUGAAUCGGAAAAAGUGGUUCAAGUUUAACCAUGUUUUCGACCACACUGACACGCAGAAGGAUAUUUUCGAGACCUGUGUCCAGGCGAAGGUGAGGAAGCUGCUCGAUGGCUACAACGUGACCAUCCUUGCCUACGGGCAGACCGGCUCGGGCAAGACCUACACCAUGGACACGGCCUGCAAUGGGGUGCUGGACGACAGCAUGGGCGUGAUCCCCAGGGCAGUGCACAGCAUCUUCCAGCACAUUGGACUGCUGAAGGAUGAAUACGAGUUCAGUGUGGCCUGCUCUUUCGUUGAGCUCUACCUGGAGCACUCGUUCGACCUCUUUUCCCCACGAAAGAGCCCCGUUAAAAUGCACGAGUCCGAGAACCGAAUUCUCAUGCCUGGUCUCACGAAGCUGGAGGUUAGCUCCGCCCAGGAGGUAACCAGGCAUCUGAUGAAGGGCUGUGCCAAGCGGACAGUCGCAUCCACGGCGAUGAGCAGGAAAUCUUCCCGAUCCCACGCAAUCUUCACAAUCACCAUCGAGGCCAGGAAGUUGUGUGGGGGAGCAGACUCCGUGACGACUGCCAAGUUCAACUUGGUGGAUCUGGCCGGCUCGGAGCGCUGCACCAAGACUUUGGCCAGAGGCGACCGAUUCAAGGAGGGCGUCAACAUUAACAAGAGUCUCCUGGCCCUAGGCAACGUCCUGAACGCCUUGGGCUCCGCUCAAACUCCGCCUGCACACGUUCCCUACCGACAGUCCAAGCUGACGCGUCUCCUGCAGGAGUCGCUUGGCGGCAACUCCAUCACCCUGAUGAUUGCCUGCGUCAGUCCCUCCGACUACAAUGUGGCAGAGACCCUGAGCACCCUGCGCUAUGCGAAUCGAACUCUCCAAAUUAAAAACAGGCCGGUGAUCAACAUGAUCCCGCCUGUGGACGAGUUCGACAUUCAGCAGCAGCGAAGGGAGCUUCAGGCCACCGGAGAGUCACGCCCCAAGAGUUCCGCCGACAAUAUUUCGGGAGCGACCGAAGACCAACAGAGUGCGGAUGAUGGUGGUGUUGUCGAUGCCCUAAUGGAGCAGAUGGAGCAGAUAAAGCUUGCCUUUCACGAUCUGCAGAUGCACAGCCAGGAGGCUCGGCCCCAGUUGAACGAUGGGCGCGGGGACGAGGUACCGCUGCCCAAGCUGCUCGGCUUCCAGCCGGAGCAGAUCACCAGCGAGCAAAUGGAACUGAUCGACGAACUGCGCACCCUCAACCAGACCCUGGAGCAGAAGCAGCUGCUGUACGACUUCAUCUGCUGCAACUACUCGGAGCAAGACUGCGACGACGGGGAAGCUGGCGCAGAUCUCCUGGCCAAGGGGCGCGUCCUGCUUAAUCAGCUGUGCAGCAUGGAGAGGAAGGACACCUCGGGCACGUCAGCCGAGAAGCGAGCCAAACAGAUGCAGCUGUUGCAGGAACAGAUCAUCAGGCAUCUCACCCUGGUCGAAGGGCUGAGGAUGCGCAGGGAGGAUCGCAAUAGUUUGAGUGAACUCAACGCCGAAAUGAAAACCAUAAACGAGUCCAAAUGGCACAUUAUCCAGCAGUACCGCCAGUCGAAGAUGGAGAGCAAUGAGCAGCAGAUGCAGGCCGAGAGCAAGGACCGUAAGCCGAAGGGAAAGAAGACGAAAAAGUGCGAGGAUGCCCAGGCAACGCCGCCUAAGAAGCAGCUCAGUCAUAGAGAUGGACCCGAUGGCCAGCUAUCGGCACAGACCAAGGGGAAAAGCGACUCUGGCAAGUGGAUCGAUGACGAGUUGGAUGUCAUCCUCGCCCUGGUGGACGCUGAGCACGACAUGGCGGAUCGGGAGGCGAUUACCAACGAAUACAAUUAUGUGAGAGAGCAGCUGGCAAACGCGGACUUGGAGGAGACUAAGAAGGCCAGAUGGCUGGCGCAGAUCGGGGAGGAGCAGGAGUUGCGCAACGCCCAUUUGGACGAUCUGCAGCAGAAAGCGAGCAUCAAAGACUUGGACAGUCGCCUCCGGAGCUUCACUUCAGAGAACAUCGACGAGUUGCGAGAAAUCCACCAGAAGACGCUCAACGCCCUCGUCCUGCAGCGGCGCCAGCAGGUGGUCUGGCAGAACGAGCAGCAGGACCUAGACGACGAGCAGAGCGCCCUGCAAGAAGAGAAAGAUGAACAGAUCGAAGCCUUGACCAGGCACCUGUCCCAGGCCAAAUCACAUAAGGAAGAGCUUAUGCAGAAGGUGAGCCUCCUGCUACGCUCCCACGAAGCCCUCCAGCAGGUGGAGGAACAUCUCAGUGAACAUUCCGACGAGAGCGGGGAUUCACACGACAAUAACGAAGAGUUCCCUCAGCCCAUAGAAAGCGCGAAGGAGGCCAGCGGCAGAAGCGGCGACAAUGGUUCAGAAGAGUAACCGCUCUCCACUUCGGUAGCCCAGGAUCACGGCAAGGCUAAACGGGCGAAUUGAUCUUCAAAGAAACGGAACCAUUCUCUUCUGCAUAUCUCUCUGCCGGAUUUGGAUCCGUCGGAUCGUUGGGAUCGUUCGAUUAUGCUCUCUGGGGUCUACCCCCGUCCGAUCUUCCUCCUCGAAGAAGACUCUUCGGCAGCCUCUUAAUUGGAUUUUGUUUAGUUUUCGUUUCAAACUACUUCAACGAUUAAAUACUUUAUAUAUUUUGUU